AUGGCCUGCGAAAAUCCAAAAGAUUGUUGCGGCGGAUCUUGCCUGCAGAAUAAGCUGCCAAAAAGGAGCCAGGAUGUCGUUGAGAGAGUGGAGAAUGAGCCAGUGUGGAUGACCAGCCACGGUAACGACGCGAGCGACGACAACGACGACCCCAACAAAUGCGACAAGCACGCGCGCGGCGUGUGCUGUAGAGAAUUGAAAGGCGAAGACGAACGCGAUUUGUGGAUUGAUCCCGACACAGUCUCAGAUCUUGUCAUAGGUUUGAGUGAUGGUUUGGCUGUACCGCCUGCGCUAGUUGCUGGUUUGGCCGGUUUGGGCGAUUCGAAGCUCGUUAUUCUCGGUGGUCUCAGUGAGGUGCUAGCUGGAUCCAUUUCCAUGGGGCUGGGUGGCUUUCUCAGUUCAGAGGCUGAAAUGAAUCACUUUAAAUACCUGCGCAGAGUUACGCGUCAGAGAGUUGCGCGUAGCUGUGCGGGUGAGAUGGAGCGCGAGGUUCAUGAUGUUCUCGGCGCUGUGGGUGUAUCGCAGGAGUUGUCCAAUGGCGUCGCUGCACAGCUCUCCCAACUGGAACCACCUGCACCACCUCAACCGCCCUCUUUCCUCAGAUCGCUCGCUAUCAAGUUUGGUAGGAAACCUACGCCUCUCCCAACCACCAAUCUUAGAUGGUCUGAUGAGCACGGCCUCACCGCUUUCCUUCUCAAGUAUGGCGAGAAUGUCGAAGAGGUACCCACCUCCAAACUGAUCAAAUCUGCUCUCACCGUCGGCAUGGGUUAUGCUCUUGGGGGUAUGUGGCCACUUCUCCCCUUCUUCUUCAUCGAGGAGGCACACGAAGCCUUUAGAGUGUCCAUUCUGGUUACAGGCCUGGUUCUCUUUAUGUUUGGAGUCUUGAAGCAACAUUUCACGGGUGGUACAGGCGGAGUUGGAGGUUAUUUGUAUGGUGGUGUAAGCAUGGUAGCAGUGGGUGGACUUGCCGCCGGAUCAGCGUAUGGACUAGUCAAAGCGUUUGAUACUCGUGAGUGA